AAAAUAAAAAAAAAUCAAGACACCCGAGCAACAUGACAACUCAAAUCUUCAAGAAAAUUCCAGCUACUUUGAAGUGAUUCUACAGCAUCAUCUAGGAUCAUCAUCAAUAUAUCAAUCGAAUAUGAAGACAAUCAUGAGGAGAGACGUGAGCUUGAUAUUAUAAAGCAAUGGACACCAAAGUUGAUAAAAAAUUUGUCCAUAAAAAUUUUGUGUUUAUUAAUAAACAAGAGGUCAAUGUUGAAAUGACCAUUAUUGAAAAAGUGGUAUGAAAUCUAAUCAUGGUCAACUACCGACAUCAGCUAUUAUGGCCAUUGUCGUUAAUUAUUAUAAUAAUUUACACAUUUGUUGCUGCGACAUUAGGUAGCAAAAAUGUCAACACUGAUAUCGACUCGGAAUUUGUCAAAGGAAAAAUAUGUAUCGGUACAAAUGGACGAAUGUCAGCGCCAUCAAACAAAGAUCAUCACUAUCGUAAUUUACGUGAACGUUAUACAAAUUGUACUUAUGUUGAUGGAAAUUUGGAGAUAACAUGGCUAAAUAAUGACACCCUGGAUUUAAGUUUUUUGCACAAUAUACGUGAAGUUACUGGCUAUGUAUUGAUAAGUCAAGUUGAUGUUAAACGUGUUGUUCUACCACGUCUACAAAUAAUACGUGGUAGAACACUAUUUAAAUUACAAACAAAUGAUAAUGAAUUUGCGCUACUUGUAACACUAUCAUCAAUGUAUAAUUUAGAAAUGCCAGCAUUGCGUGAUGUAUUAAAUGGUGAUGUUGGAAUGAUUAAAAAUUUUAAUCUAUGUCAUAUUAGAACAAUAAAUUGGGAUGAAAUAAUAACUGGACCAAAAGCAAAAUAUACAUAUGUUUAUAAUUUUACAACAAAUGAAAGAGUAUGUGAAAGUUGUGAUGGUUGUCAAGCUGGUUGUUGGGGUGAAGGUGUUGAUAAUUGUCAACAAUUUUCAAAAGUAUAUUGUGCUGAUCAAUGCUGGCAGGGUAGAUGUUUUGGUAAUGAACCACGUCAAUGUUGUCAUUUAUUUUGUGCUGGUGGUUGUACUGGUCCAAAACAAAGUGAUUGUCUUGCUUGUAAAAAUUUUUAUGAUGAUGGAGUUUGUAAACAAGAAUGUCCACCAAUGCAAAAGUAUAAUCCAACGACAUAUUCUUGGGAAGCGAAUCCUGAUGGUAAAUACGCUUAUGGUGCGACAUGCGUGAGAGAAUGUCCAGAUCAUUUAUUGAAAGACAAUGGUGCUUGUGUAAGAUCUUGUCCGCCUAAAAAAAAAGCACACAAUGGUGAAUGUGUACCAUGUGAUGGUGCAUGUCCAAAAACAUGUCGGGGAGUUGAAAAAGUACAUGCUGGUAAUAUUGAUAGUUUUAAAGAUUGUACAAUUAUUGAAGGUUCAUUAUCAAUAUUAGAUCAAAGCUUUCAAGGUUAUCAAGAAGUAUUUAAUAAUUAUUCAUUUGGACCACAUUAUGAAAAAAUGCAUCCAGAUAAACUUGAAGUAUUUAGCACGCUCAAAGAAAUUACAGGUUUUUUUAAUAUACAAGGUUAUCAUGAAGACUUUAAAAAUUUAUCAUACUUUAGAAAUCUUGAAAUAAUUGGUGGUAGAACAAUAACUGAAUAUUUUGGUGCACUUUAUAUUCUUAAAACAUCAUUGGUAUCAUUAAAUUUACGUUCAUUAAAAACAAUAAGAUCUGGUGCUGUUAUUAUUACUGAAAAUAAACAUCUUUGUUAUGCACAAAAUAUUGAUUGGUCAAAUAUUAAAAAAUCAUUAAAUCCAAUGCAUGAAAAUAUAUUACAUCCAAAUAAAAACAAUGAUGUAUUGAAUAGCCAAAUUGUUAAAACGUAUCUGUUGAUGUGUCAGCACCAGGAAAAUCUUGUGUAUCCAGAAUCAAAAUGUACAAAAUGUAUGUAAAUGAGUUGUCCAGAAUCAAAAUACAAUUAUAAUGGUGAAUGUAAAGAGUGUCAUGUUAAUUGUGUUGGUGGUUGUACUGGUCCAUCAAGUAAAAUUGGUCCUGGUGGUUGCAAUAGUUGUGAAAAAGCAAUGAUGAUUGGUAAUAUAACAACAGAUUGUUUACCAAAAUCUACACCAUGUCCAGAAAGUUAUUUUUAUAGAUUUAUACCACCACAAGAAUCUGGUCCAUUAAAAUUUUUAGCUGGUAAUGGUGUUUGUCGUAAGUGUCAUCCACACUGUAAAAAAUGUAAAGAAUAUGGUACACAUCAACAAGUAUGUGAAGUAUGUGCAAAAUAUAAACGUGGUGAACAAUGUGAAGAAGAAUGUCCACCAGAUCAUUAUGAAGAACCACAAUUAUCAACAAAUGAAUCAAAACCAAUAAUAUGUAAACCAUGUUAUUCAGAAUGUCGUAGUUGUUAUGGUCCUGGUCCUGAUAAAUGUUAUAAAUGUAGAAAUUUACGUAUUUAUGAUGAUAAUAUUAUUGAUAAUACAACAAAAUUUAAUUGUACAGCAAUGUGUCCAAUUGAAUAUCCACAUAAAAUAUAUGCUGAAGUUGAACCAUAUUGUUCAGCUGAUCCAAUUGGUUUAGGUUUACAAUUUGAUAAUGAAUUACAACCAGCAAUAUUUGCUGUACUUGGUGUAUUUGUUAUAAUGUCAAUGGUUGCAAUGGUAUGGGUAUGUCAAUAUCGUUUAAAUACAAAAGCUAAAGAAAAAACAGUACAAAUGACAAUGGCAUUAACUGGUCUUGAUGAUAAUGAACCCCUACGACCAACAGGUGUUAAACCAAAUUUAGCAAAAUUACGUAUUAUUAAAGAGGAAGAAUUACGUAAAGGUGGUUUACUUGGUUUUGGUGCAUUUGGUAAUGUAUAUAAAGGUGUAUGGGUACCAGAAGGUGAAAAUGUUAAAAUACCUGUUGCAAUUAAAGUACUAAGUGGUACAAAUACAUCUAAAGAAUUUUUAGAUGAAGCAUAUAUUAUGGCAUCUGUUGAACAUCAAAAUUUAUUACAAUUACUUGCUGUUUGUAUGACAUCACAAAUGAUGCUUGUUACACAGCUAAUGCCACUUGGUUGUUUACUUGAUUUUGUACGUACUUAUAAAGAUAAAAUUGGAUCAAAACCAUUAUUAAAUUGGUGUACACAAAUUGCACGUGGUAUGUUAUAUCUUGAAGAACGUAGACUUGUACAUCGUGAUCUUGCUGCUAGAAAUGUACUUGUACAAACACCAAAUUGUAUUAAAAUAACAGAUUUUGGAUUAGCUAAGUUAUUAGAUAUUAAUGAAGAACAAUAUAAAGCUGCUGGUGGUAAAAUGCCAUUAAAAUGGCUUGCACUUGAGUGCAUACAACAUCGUAUAUUUACACAUAAAUCAGAUGUAUGGGCAUUUGGUAUAACAAUAUGGGAAGUAUUGACAUACGGUGGUAGACCAUAUGAAAAUAUACCAGCAAGAAAUGUUCCUGAGUUACUUGAAAAAGGUGAAAGAUUACCACAACCAGCAAUAUGUACUAUUGAUGUUUAUAUGAUUAUGAUUAAAUGCUGGAUGUUGGAUGCUGAAUCAAGACCAAGUUUUAAAGAAUUAUCUGAUGAUUUUGCCAAAAUGUCAAGAGAUCCAGGACGUUAUCUUGCUAUUAAAGGUGAUAAAUAUAUGAGACUGCCUUCUUACACAAUACAGGAUGAAAAAGAAAUGAUUCGUAAUUUAGCAUCAGCAAUGGAUGGUCCAGAGGCAUUAGUUGAUGCUGAUGAAUAUUUACAACCAAAAUCACGUGCACCAUUACCAUUAAGUUUAUCAACAUCAAGUACAUCUGGAUCACCACCAAAUACACCAUUAAAAACAUGUUGGCCAAAUGGUAUACCAACUCUAUCAACUGAUUCACCAACACCACAAAAUCAACAAAAUUGGGAUAGAGAAUUAAUGAGAUAUGGUACAUCACGUGGUAGUGUUGUUAGUACAUCAAAUGAACCAAGUAAUUCAUCAACACAACAACCACAUUAUUCACAUCCAAAUGGACACUGUGCUCAUAUUAUUAAUACUGAUAAUACAAAUUCAACAAGAUAUUGUCUAGAUCCACUUGGAAUGGUUGGAGUUAGAGAUUGUGAUGUAACUGAUGAUUGCUUCGAGGCUAAUGUUGGUGUUGUUCAUCAAGCACAAGUGGGAAAUAUGAAACUUGAUUUACCACUUGAUGAAGAUGACUAUCUUAUGCCUUCACCACAAAUGCAUGCAAAUGCAACACAGUACAUGGAUCUUAUUGGUGAUCCAAAAAUAAAUGAAUUGGAUUCCAAAAGAUUGACAAAUGGCUAUAGAAAAUAUCCAAAUUUUUUGACAAUACCAACAAAUAAAACAUCACUGGAUAAUCCAGAAUAUAUUAUGUCACAAGAUGAAGGUUCAUUGAGUCCUCAAAUAAUUGGUAUUCCAACACCUGAUCUUGAUAAAAUAUUAACAAAUGGUCAAUUUUGUACGACAGUAAGACAACGAAGUUCUGAGGAAGAAUCUGAUCAUGAAUAUUACAAUGAUUUUGAUCGUCUUGAACGUGAAUUACAACCAUUAAAACCACUAAGAAAAAAUGAAACGACUGUAUAAUGUAUACCAACAAAUUAUUAUGUGUUUAUUAUUUUUAUUUUAUUUUAAAUAGUGUUUUUUUUUUUUUUUGUGUUAAAUGAUGGGACUCUUGAAGUACUUAGAGGACGACAAAUUUUGUGAUUAGAUGUGCCAUUAAUUGUGGCUUGUAAAUAUUCGUAAAGAAAAUUAUUGAAAAAAAGAGAAAAAACGAAAAAAAAAAAAAAAAAACAAAUGUUUAUAAUUUUAAAGAAAAAUAUAUAUGUAGAAAUUUAGAUGAUUUUUUUUUUUUUUGCUUUUUUUUAAAUAGAUAUUUUAAGUUUUAUAUAGAUUGAAAGUAAAAAAAAAAGAAAAAUUAUUUCGAUUACGUUGAUAAAUAUUAUUUAAAUAUUAUACAAUAAAUUAUUUUUUAUUAACGUCAAAUUUAUUUUUAAUAAUGAAAUUUUAAAAUCAUGUACGUUAUAAAAUUUAUAUUAUUUUGAUGAUUUUUCAUGCUGCGAAAAAUGUUAAGGAGG